CAACGCCGGUUUCUACCCACAGACCUUGACCAUUGGCACGAUUAUUACUGAAAUGAGAUUCCCUGUUAGAUUCAUGUGUUAUAGCGCGGGUAAUGUUUCCUGAUUUCAAGGACAAGCAUAACAAUUCCGGUGACGACCAGUUGUGCCCCGCAUCUCGCUGCUACCACACAUAGCCGCUCCUUUGUAAUUACUGGUCCACGAUCUUGUUGCACACGCUGCACGUUCCUUGUGACAAACCUUCAUGGUAACCUGAUAGAGACCGCAUCAAAUGUUUCAAUCAUUGCCUAAGAAUUUUUGAUUUUGGCAAAAAAAUAUGUAUUUUAUUUAGAAAAUUUCUGAAAAUUCUGUGGCAUAAAAAUAAAAGAAAACCUUUCGUAACAUCACCAUUCGAAUAUAAUAGAAAAUAACCGCCAAAAGAACUCAGGACAAAAAGACAGUAUAUUGUGCUUGUUAUUCUCAUGCCAUUCCAGACGGCCCUAUUUUCAAGCAGGGAAAAGUUGUGAAUCUAACCGUACCAUCUUACCUGCAAAAAACAAUACAAGAACAAGUGUAUGAGAAGAUAUACCGCUGAAGUGUGUUUUCCCGGAGGAAAAUAUUUCCGCUAGUACUGCUUUAUGUUGACAUCCUGUGAAGGAAAAAUCGGAGAAGGAACACGAUUCAUUUGUAGCUGAAUCAGUUUUACAAAUCGUGUUAUAAUUAAUUAUAUCUAAUCAUGAAACGAUUCUCUGGCCCAGUAGACAAUAAAAAGGGGUCUUUAAGAUCUACUAACACAGACUAGCCUCUAUUCGCGUCUCCGCCCUUUUAUUAGUUUCCUUGUCCAUUUCACUCACGUUUCUCGGCCGCCGAAGCAUUCCCGGAAAUACCCCAGGCUGAGAAGAGUUAAUUUAGAGAAGCGUUAUCAACAGCAACACCUGUUUUCAUUCCAAUUUCAUCGUUCGGGAUGCUGAAGGAAGGAUCGCUUUCGUGUCCCGGCGGGAGCAACAGCGCCUUCAGAAUCGUCACGCCCAAAGACCGAGAGAAGACAGAGGGUGUGUCGGGCGCCGCCCUUCUUUCGCUGCCAGUACCGCCACCUCCACUUGUUUCCCAGAGUUCUAUAACGGCUUUGGGAGGGUCUCUUGGUACUUCCCUUUCGGUGGGGGGAUCCCUACCGGGAUCCUUGGGAGGUUCCUUUCCAUUCCCAUACCACCCACGCCUCUGGCCGGCCCCGCCUCUUGGCCUCUCCACCAAUCUGCUGAGAGAGUCCACUUUUUCGCUCCUCCCUUUCUUGCCCCGACAGUCAUCCGUCAGCCUUCCUGCACACGUGACUUCCCCUGGCCACGCCCCUCAGACCUUUACGUCAUCACCUAUCGGGCCAAUUACAUCGCCCCUAAUAUCGAGUGCGGGUGCUUACUCUAAGGACUCCAAGCUAAAUGACAUUGUAGCUUAA